UAGUCCUACGGGAUCAACUAGAAAUACACUGUUGCUAUGGUUACCAGCAGUUUGUGCACCUUGUGCACUGGUGUACAGGGGUGGUAAACUGUUGACUGGAUCUCUUCCUGGCAUAUGAUUUUAACUCACAAUUUUUCUGUGAACAUAGCAUGACUGAAUGUCCUCAUGACAGUCUGAUCUCCUGUUCGAACCCACAACAAGUCGAUAAAAUUGUGUUUGUGAUACAUUUGGACACUGAAAUGUGUUAUGCUUACUUGGAGGGUAGGCUAUCCCAAGCCUGGAAGCAUUUCACAGUAUAAACCUCAACCACCAUCAUUAUGCAACAUUGUUUUUUUAAGUAGGCUUAUUGUAAACAAACAAAACCGCUGAUGAGCUACCAGCUUUGUGAAAAACAUUGUGGGCCACUGGCUCAGAAUCAGUGUUUUAUGUUUCACACCAUAAAACAGAAAGUGCUGCUCCUUUUUUUUUUUUUUUUUACUGCAAACAGCUUCAGGAGAACUUUUGUUUUCCUGGGACUGAAGAAACUGGUCUCAAGGAAACCCACCGUCCCUGUUACCAGGAAAAAGCAUCAGAGUGAGAGCUCUGUGCCCUUCACUGCUCUCUGCGGUGUAACCGGAUCAGGGCAGAGCAGAGGGACGUACAGGAGGCUUGUUUGCCUCCAAAUGAGCCAAUGAGAUCGGCUUUACAUUAGACUGACAGCCUGGCUCAGCGAGCCCGGAGACGCCAUCCUGGUUUGACAACCGUCCGACAGCCAAUGCGGAUCCACGGGGGACAGGAACGGAGGGAAAAAAGCAAAAUACGAAUCUGACUUCCUGUAGGUCAAACGUUUACCUGCCACCUGCGGGACGUUAGAGUCUGACUGAGGAAAAAGGGGGAAGCAACAUUCACAACGAUGGCUCUGUCGCAGCUCCUGGACGACUCACCUCUGAGGUUGGGCCCAAAAUGCACCGGGGCCGACGACCUGAACUUGCAAGAGUUGUACAACGAGAGACACCGGCUGGCUCUGGAGGAGCUGCUGUCGGGGGGGCUCGACAACUUUCUGGACUUCCUCAGGAAAGAGAGGAUCCCCAACUUUCUCUCGGACGAUGAGAUCCAGCGGAUCCGGAGCGCCGCCGUGCCCCCGCGGUGCGUGUCCCUGCUCCACGGCGAGGACCAGCCACUGGAGCAGUCGCUCAGCUGCUCCCUGGACUGCUCCUCCGUCACCUAUUUCCCCGAGGUGUCGGACGUGGAGCCGCCGCUGCUGGAGAUGGGCUGGCCCGCCUUCACCGCCGGCUCGUACCGAGGAGUCACACGGGCCGUGGCGCACUUCCAGCCCAGCUACGGGGAGUGCAUAUACAGCUGCAAGGAGGCUGCGAGGCGUAUGAUUAAAAGUGCCAGAGAGGUGAUUGCCAUAGUUACAGACUCCCUGACAGACCUGGAUAUCUUUAAGGAUCUUCAGGAGGCAUGCUCCAGCCGCAAAGUCCCCGUCUAUAUCCUGCUGGACCAAUCAUGUGCUCCUGCUUUCCUCAAGAUGUGCAACAAUGUUGGCGUUCGCCUGGAUGACCUUCGGCAAAUGAGAGUGCGAAUCAUAACUGGUACAACUUAUUACAUGAGAUCAGGAGCGAGGAUUACUGGGAAGGUUCAUGAGAGGUUCAUGCUGAUUGAUGGAAACAGAGUGGCUACAGGUUCCUACAGGUUCAACUGGACUGAUGGCAAACUAAACAGCAGCAACCUGAUCGAGCUUUCUGGUCAGAUAACUGAGAAAUUUGACGAGGAGUUCCGCAUCCUCUACGCCCAGUCUCUGCCUAUAAACACCCGAGGGCCUCCAAGUGUCCGGAACAGCGGCAUCUACGAGCAUCUCCUCCUCAAACACUCGGCCACCUCCUCCCCUCACCAGGCCAGAGAGAGGCCUGUGGAGCUGGUCUGUCUGACGAGCACCCCCAGCCGCAAGCCCCAAACUCUGGCUGUCCAGCCCCCGUGUGAACCCUCGACUCCAGAUCACCGUAAUACCGACCCAGUGUCCGACUCCUCCACCAUAGAUGAGGACUGGACAGAGCAGAAGCACAUGCAGGAGGAGAUUCUGGCUGGUAGCACCGCUCGCCAUUUCCCUGCAGACCAGCCAGCAGAGAAAGAGACCGUGACCCCCAACACUGUCUCCUGCCACGCCUCCACUCAAACCAGCCACUCAGUGACGGACAGGGACACCCAGACGGACAUCCAGCUCACACAACACCCCGACCUCAUCUCACCAACAAGCACAGGGCCAAACGGGGCCACGUCUCCGUCUUUUGCGUCUCCAGGGCAGAUCUCGCCCACCCAGGCUGCUGCAGACAGCACCUUAAAGGACUGCUUCCACAAGCUGACCAAAGAGCGCCAGCACCACUACUCAAACAUCCGCUCCAAGUUGGAACACAUGGUGACCGCCCUGUCCCAGAGGCGAGAGCUAAUGGACGUCACUAACAUGACUCAGGGGCCUGGCGCUCACAGCAGGGACAGGGUACACAAAGACUGUGGGCAGGCACCAGACCCCAGACUGCUUGUUGAAAGUGUGGUGAUGGGCACAUGGCCAAGAGCCAGAUGUGUACACUAGUUUGUCUUCAGGGUCUUCGUUGGAGGGUUGUGGGGGGAAGAGCUGUGGCCAGGUUUCUUGUGGAUCCUGUGUUUCAAAUAAAUGGUUUUGGCUUAUGCAGUAGAAUUCCAGCUUUCUUCUGUUAAUCUUUUUUUCAGCAGUGCCCACUUUUGUCCUGCUUUCCAUGCUGUGUCCUGUCCAUGUCGAAGCAAUCUUUUGUGUAAUGGUAAGGCAGAUUUGUAAAUGACGUUAACAUCUUGCAGAAAUUAUGUUAACCGAAGACACGGUGCAAUAAUCAUUUUUUGACCAUGUCAGUUUAAUGAAUAUCAUUUACUGAGGUGGUUAAGACUUGAUAAUAUCUGCUGUAAUAUGAGUGAAAAAGCAUUCAAGUGCCUUUUUGGUUAUUUAAUCACAUUUGGCUGCUCUAACUGCAUCUCAACAACAUUCCAGAGAGCAGCUGGCUCUCACUGUGCUUUGCUAAUAAACAAAGUAGUAUUUUGCUA